AUGGCUAUUGCCUGCACAAACGUGACCAAUGUUGUGCGCUCGGUGCAUCCGCUCAGGAUCGAUGGCUACGGCAUCACAAAAGCCAUAGGCAGCGACCGAUGGAUCAAGUCCAGGUGGAACGUCGGCGGUUACGAGUGGGGAGUCCACGUCCAUCCUUCACGGUCGAACACCGCCGUCGAUUGCAAACCGUGGGUCGCACUGAGGCUUAUCUUCCUCAGCGAUGGUUGCACUAUGCCCAACGUCGAAGCGAGCAUGCGCUGCCGUUUGGUGGAUCCGAGGGGGACGGCUGAUCCGUCCGAAGAGAAGAGUAUCACGUGUAUGUUCAAUAGUCGUCCGAAGGGCCAGCUUGGCGCCUCAGGAGAUUGCUCGAAUCCAGUUUAUCUCAUGUCGGCACGGGAACUAGAGGCCUCGUGCUAUCUCAAGGACGACUCCUUCACCGUGCAAUGCACCGUCACGGUGCUCAAGGACUUGGCCGAAGUAACGAUCCGGGACAACGAACCAUUGCCCGUCGUGCCGCCCUCGAGGUUGCACCAGCACCUCGCUGAGCUGCUGCGGAGCAGGACGCCGGCGGACGUUGAGCUUAUCGUGUCGGGCGAUUCGUUGGUUGCUCACAAGAACAUACUGGCGGCAAGGUCCCCUGUGCUGAUGGCCGAGUUCUUUGGGAACAUGAGGGAGGCCAGCUCU